AUGCAGCCGCUCUUACUCGUGCUAGUCGCACUGACCAUUGGUAACUGCAAGACGGGCAGCGGGAACAAGCGAGGGGGGGACAACCAAGGGGAGGACAAUCGCCGCAACAGUUUCCUUAUCGUCCUGCUGCACCUCUACCUUCUGGUGCUUUCCCUGAUCUUGUUUAGCCAAAAUGGAGGCUCCGUUCAGGCGUACCGGAUGACCCGCGGCGGAGACCAGUUGGGCCUUUUUCCCAAUGCGGGGGCGAAGACACAAAGAAGAUUCUCUCUCAGGCGCUACGCCAAAGGGAGGAGCGGCACAAUGGGUAGUGACAGUGCAAGGGGUGAGAACGCGAUGCUCCCAACUGAAGAACACCUCCCCAAAACGAAAAGCACAUCAAACAAUUACUUCAACAGCCUCUGCUGCAGCAGUGUGCUAAAGAAGAGCGUGGACGACAAUGUAAAUUUCGAGGACGGGGUGAUGAGUUUCUUUACACUGAACCCCAAUCCGAACAUUGGCUUUUUGGUUGGCAAGGUAAAGCCGCGGGCUGCAACGGAUUUGGUGCCCAGUGACGCAGCGGAAGAGACAGAAGCGACAGACCAGACAGACCAGACAGACCAGACAGACAAGACAAAAGAGUCAGGUACGACAGACGAGGCGGCCACCCCUCCCCAAAAAAGGACAAAAAAAAUUCGCCUCAAACUCAAAAGAGGAUACAUGAACGAAGUGUACGAAAGGGAGAAAAGAAGGUUGAAUGAAGUGCUGCUUUCUUUCAAGGACAAGACCAUAUUCAAGGCGUCCAAAAAAAAAAUCAAAGAAAACAUACUUCUCCUAAAUGGACAAACCGUCAAUAUAGAGGUGAUAAAACAAUACCUGUUUCAUAAGUUAAGAUUAGAAUAUUAUGAGAGCAUCAGGGAUCAGAAAAAAAUCCUUACGUUGGAUCUAUGGUCCAAGGAAAUUAAUGUCUCCGUUGAGAAUCUGAAGAAGCUCAUUGUUUAUAUUUACAAAAUGAAGACGCUGGUGCAGAAGGAUGAUGAGGAGUUGCUCAUUAAGACGUACUUCUACAACAAGACCAAUAUGUUCAGUUUGUUUAGGAACGGUACUGCAGGAGGCGGGGAUGUUGUGGCCCCCUUUGACUUUUCCGUGCCGGACGUGGCCUCCCCGGUUGGCGAUCAAGGGGAGGGAAGCGAACCUGACCCGAGAAGGAAGAAGGGGGAAGCGUCCCCGAAAGGGGCAGCUUCUAACGGGGUAGCGUCUAACGGGGACAUCUUCACGGACUACUUCGACAACAACGAAGUAGUCCUCUACAACGACUGCGAAAAUUUGAUAAACUCAGAAGUGCAGAAAUUCAUCGAGUGCAUUAAAGACAUCGUCUUCUUUGAGAAUUCCAUCUACAUGUUGGAAAAGUUGGAGAACAGACCCCCCCUUCUGGAGGAAGUAACCUUUGCCUACAACUACGACAAGGAAAUUUUCAUAAACAAGUUAGAAGUUAAAAUAAAGUCGUCCCAGAAAUUGCUAAUCUAUUUCAUCCCACUGAUUAAUAAUAUUAUACGCAAAGCUGAAUCCAAUUUUAGUAGCAACUUAAGUGAAGACGACUUCCUACUGGUCAGCUUAGAUGCAGUGAAAAACGGGUUCAGAAGAUAUGACGUCGAAAAAUUAGGAAUAAAAAAUCUGACAAAGUACGUGUACAUCUGGGCAAAAAACAGCACCUACAAUUAUUAUCAGAAACACAAGUCCUUCGUGUCCGUUUCGCCACAUACUUACAAAGAUUAUAAUAAGAUAAAAAAAUUUGAAGAAAGUUUUGAAGAAAAACAUGAAAGAAAACCAAGCAUCAAAGAAAUCGCAGACGGAUUGUAUAUGACCAUGGAACGGGUUCAGAAGGCUCUCUCCUCAGCUGUGAACGUCAUAGAUGCUGAGAAGCCAAUCGUCUACCAAAAUAAUAAUUCAGCCCACCCAGAAAAAAACACAUACACAGAUUUAAUUGUCAACGCGGAUGAUAUCCAUAGCAUGAACGAAAUUGUUUAUAACGACCUUGUGAUAAAGGGACUACGAAAGUUUAUCUGCAAAUCGCUAAAAAAAAAAAUCAACAAGCUAAUUAUCUUUAUGAAGUUUGGGCUUUUCUUAAGGAAGAAAAUUUACACUGAUGACGAAAUUUGCCAGACUCUCCAGAUUACGAAAAAUAAAUUACAAAAGCAUUUUCAGCUCUCCCUAAAUGAGAUCAAAAAAUAUAUCAAGAAGAUUAAGAAGAAUAAAUCCGAGGUCGAUCCCAACUUGGACUUUUCGUCGUACAUUAACUUUUCUCAGUACGACUUCUUGUGGAACGAGUUCUCCCAGAUUUUGGUAUGA